CUAGUACUGGAUUACAGCGUAAUUUCUCUUGUAAAACACGGUUGUCAAGGUUUAAGCCGGAAUCGAGUACAGCGUCAUUCCAUCAAUGUUGGAAGGUUGUGCUCCAUGCCUCGUUUUCGACACUUCUCAUCCCAUGCAUCCACAGAAAAAAAAAAAUCACAAAAGAUGCUUAUUUACUUGACAGGCUUGUUCUUUGGAAUGGUUGGAUUAUCAUUAUACCCGUAUGACUGUAUGAGGUCUUUCAUAUCAAAGUUGUGGCACAACAGUGAUUUCACAUCUUUAAUGGCAUUGAGGUUUGAACCAAAUAUGAAUUGUCGAAUUUCUCAUGCCAUUGUUUCGGUGCUUGUUUUAGACCAUACAAAGAUUUGUCCAACUUACAAACUUUGUUCUCUUGUCCAUGAUUUACGAAACCUUCAGAGUGUUGAAGAAAUGAUUGCCAGGCGUGAUAGCAAUCAAACAGUUACCUCAAGGUGUUAUUUUUACCCCUUAGAUGUCAGCUUUUUACACUAA